GGUGUCAAGAAGGUUACAAACUCAUUACAAUUACCGCUUCUUUGCUACAACUACCGACUUAUUCGUCGGUGGCGGCGGGCGGGGGGAGGGGGGAAAACCCUUAGCUUGUAGGCGAGGAGUAGCACCGCCGGCCGGUGAGGGAGGGACGGAUUGUACCGGUCCAAACUCCCCGGGAGAAAAGUAGCUUGAUGAGUGUCCAAAGUAGUGGAAGUUUGGAGGGGCCGCCAUCUUUGCUCCCAGCUCUCCACGUCCUCAACACGGACGGUGUUUCCAGCGACAUACCGCGGCUGUGCUGAAGGCCCACAAGGCGCCAUGGAGGAGCUGCACAGCCUGGACCCCCGCAGACAGGAGCUGCUGGAGGCUCGCUUCAUGGGCGGGGUCAGCGGCAGCACCGGGGGCAGCACUGGUAGCACAAGCGGAGGAACCAAAGGUUUGACCAAUAAUGAAUGUUCGAACCACAGUUUUGGAAGCCUGGGAUCCUCGAGCGACAAGGAAUCAGAGGGUUCGGAUGUGAAAAGAGGAGGUUCUCCUGCUUAUUCUACUCCAGAGAAGAAACAGUCUGAAACACCCAGAGGCAGAAAAAGAAAACCUGACAUUCAGUCAGAGAGUAGCCAAGGAAAGACAACUGUGCGAGGACCCAAAAUAAGUGAUUAUUUUGACUUCCAAGGAGGAAAUGGCUCUAGUCCGGUGAGAGGCCUCCCACCAGUGAUUCGUUCCCCUCAGAAUUCACAUUCACACUCCGCUCAGGGCACUGCUUUGCAGGGUAGACAAAAUAGCUCAUCUCCCACCAGUCUGUCCUUUGGUGACCACAUGGCACAUCCAAAACAACUAGCAGUCAAAUGUGUUCAGACUGACCUUACAGUGUUGAAGUUGGCUGCCCUUGAAAGCACCAAGAAUCUAGACCUUGAGAAGAAAGAGGGGAGAAUAGAUGAUUUGCUACGGGCCAACUGUGAUCUCAGGAGACAGAUAGACGAACAACAAAAAUUACUUGAAAAAUACAAGGAACGCUUGAAUAAAUGCAUCACCAUGAGCAAGAAACUGCUCAUAGAGAAGAGCACGCAGGAGAAGCAGGCCUGUCGAGAGAAAAGCAUGCAGGAUCGUCUUCGUCUUGGCCAUUUCACUACAGUGAGACACGGAGCAUCGUUCACUGAACAGUGGACAGACGGCUACGCCUUUCAGAACCUUGUCAAACAGCAGGAGUGGAUCAAUCAACAAAGGGAGGACAUUGAAAGGCAGCGAAAACUUUUAGCCAAGAGGAAACCUCCGUCCUCCAACAGCUCGCAGGCACCGUCAACAAACUCUGAGCCAAAGCAACGUAAAACCAAGGUGGUGAAUGGAGCAGAAAGUGAUCCUUUCCUAAAACCCAGCCUACCUCAGCUGCUGACGCUAGCUGAGUACCACGAACAGGAGGAGAUCUUCAAACUGCGACUAGGACAUCUCAAAAAGGAGGAAGCCGAGAUCCAGGCGGAGCUGGAGCGUCUAGAGAGGGUGCGCAACCUUCACAUUCGAGAACUGAAGAGAAUAAAUAAUGAAGACAGCUCACAAUUCAAAGAUCAUCCUACAUUGAACGAACGAUAUCUGCUCUUGCACCUUCUUGGAAGAGGAGGAUUUAGUGAAGUUUACAAGGCUUUCGACUUGAUAGAGCAGAGAUAUGCAGCUGUAAAAAUCCACCAACUCAACAAAAACUGGAGGGAGGAGAAAAAGGAGAACUACCACAAGCAUGCAUGUCGGGAGUACAGAAUACACAAGGAGCUGGACCAUCCCAGAAUCGUGAAACUUUAUGACUACUUCUCACUGGACACAGACACGUUUUGCACUGUUAUGGAAUACUGCGAAGGCAACGACUUGGAUUUCUACUUGAAGCAGCACAAGCUCAUGUCGGAAAAGGAGGCCCGGUCCAUAGUCAUGCAGAUUGUGAACGCACUACGAUAUCUGAAUGAGAUCAAGCCCCCUAUCAUCCAUUACGACUUAAAGCCAGGUAACAUAUUGUUGGUGGAUGGUACAGCCUGUGGUGAAAUCAAAAUCACUGACUUUGGUUUGUCCAAAAUCAUGGACGAUGACAACUAUGGUGUGGAUGGGAUGGACCUGACGUCACAGGGUGCAGGAACAUACUGGUACUUGCCUCCUGAAUGUUUUGUGGUUGGGAAAGAGCCUCCAAAGAUCUCCAACAAGGUGGAUGUGUGGUCUGUCGGCGUCAUCUUUUUCCAAUGUCUGUAUGGAAGGAAGCCAUUUGGCCACAAUCAGUCCCAGCAGGACAUCCUGCAGGAGAACACCAUCCUCAAAGCUACCGACCUCCAGUUCCCUGUGAAGCCAGUUUCCAGCAAUGAAGCUAAGGCCUUUAUAAGGCGCUGCCUGGCAUACAGGAAGGAGGACCGGAGUGACGUUCACCAGAUGGGAAGUGACCCCUACCUGCUCCCUCACAUACGGAGGUCAAGCUCCUCGGGGAAUCUUCAGAUGAAUGCAGCUGCCUCAGGACCGGCGUCCUCCAGCAUCAUCUCAUACUGACAGCCUGAUACUGUGACACCAAGUGGCCCUCCACACAUGGCGAGCGGGUGGACAACAUCUCACCUGCCUGGCCUCUUAUGACACAAGCAGUCGAUGGACAGAGAAGGGAUUUUUUUUUCUUAAAAAAAAAAAGGACACUUUGAGGAGCCGAUAAAAGCACUGAAACUGACUCCGUACUUUGAAGAAAAUGUGACUGGACAUUGUUCAAAGGUUGCAGAGCUUUGAAGAGCCAGAGUUCCAAUAUCACGACUGAGCUGCUAGAAAAUAAUUUACUGUAUGGAGGACAGUCAUCAAGUAGAAUAUAAAGAUCUUGCUGUUGAUUCGGUUUUUCCUUCCCGUUCAUGUUAGGCUUUUUCAAGUUAUUUGUUACCUUUUGAAUGUAAUGUGUAGCAUACUAGGGGCAUCUAGUGUCAUGUAAGCUGCAGGGGAAGUGCACAGUGCUUCUGUCUCAUGCACAAAGUAACCAAAUGUAGAGUGAUGGCAUCAAAUCCUAUGCAGGAAUAUUAAUACCGUUGGAAAGUAGAGUCUGUGCAGGUCGGUCUUUGGAAUUUUGAAACGCAGCAGUAACCUGUACAAAGCAUCCACGCGCUUUUUUCAGUGGAUUCGUUUUGCUGCUUUUUCUCGCUCUUAUUUUUUCAAGGGCAGUAUAUUUCACUUCGGGUACAAAUUGUAUAGUGUCGAUUAAGAGUGAAUAAUAAAUGACAGGAAUUGUCCCCUCCUCCCACCAAGUGAA